CGCCCCUCAUCGUGCUCUAAACUGACAGCCGCUUCAGGCCUGGUGUUUGCACACAAAGGCGGCCCACGCGCGCAGUUCCUCUGGGUUCAGACAAUGAAUUACGUGGGGCAGCUGGCUGGCCAGGUGUUUGUGACCGUAAAGGAGCUCUACAAGGGACUGAACCCUGCCACGCUGUCAGGAUGCAUCGACAUCAUCGUCGUCCGCCAGCCCAAUGGCAGUCUGCAGUGCUCUCCUUUCCACGUCCGCUUCGGGAAGAUGGGUGUUCUGCGUUCCCGGGAGAAAGUGGUGGACAUAGAGAUCAACGGGGAGUCUGUGGAUUUGCACAUGAAGCUGGGAGACAAUGGAGAAGCCUUUUUCGUUCAGGAGACUGACAAUGACCAGGAAGUCAUCCCCAUGUAUCUGGCCACAUCUCCCAUCCUGUCGGAAGGAGCUUCUCGAAUGGAAAGCCAGCUGAAAAGGAACUCCGUGGAUAGAAUCAGGUGCUUGGAUCCCACCACAGCUGCCCAGGGCCUGCCUCCCAGUGACACCCCAUCCACUGGUUCCCUGGGGAAGAAGAGGAGGAAAAGGAGGAGGAAGUCUCAGUUGGACAAUCUCAAAAGAGAUGAGAACGUCAACACGUCUGAGGAUGAAGACAUGUUUCCCAUAGAGAUGAGCUCUGAUGAGGACACAGCACCGAUGGACGGAAGCAGAACUCUCCCUAAUGAUGUGCCACCAUUCCAAGACGAUAUUCCUAAGGAAAAUCUCCCCUCAAUUUCAUCAUAUCCCCAGUCAGCAUCGUACCCCAAUUCAGAUCGAGAGUGGUCCCCCAGUCCCAGCAGCCUGGUAGAUUGCCAGAGGACUCCCCCUCACCUUGCAGUAGUGGCCGAGGGAGUUCUCUCUAGCUCUUGCCCUCCACAGUCUUCCCACUUCCGUGCUUCGGAAAGUCCUUCAGGCUCCCGUCCCUCAACACCAAAGAGCGAUUCUGAAUUGGUUAGUAGGUCUGCAGACAGGUCCACACCAAAGAGUAACCUGGAAAUGCUCUGGCUUUGGGGUGAAUUGCCGCAGGCUGCCAAGUCAUCUUCUCCACACAAGAUGAAAGACUCCAGCCCCUUAGGGAGCCGGAAGAUUCCUGAUAAAAUUCGCUUUCAGGCCAUUCAUAGUGAGUCUUCAGACACCUUUAGUGACCAGUCGCCAACACUGGCCCCGGGCCCGCUGCUUCACCAGAGCAAGGCACAGACGGAAAUGCAGUUUGUGAACGAGGAGGAUCUUGAGGCGUUAGGAGCUGCAGCCCCACCGUUCCCCGUGGCUGAAGAGCUCAAGCCCCCAGCUGCCAGCACAACACAGACAAUGAACAAAACAGACUCCCCUUCCAGAAAGAAAGAUAAGCGGAGUCGACACCUGGGAGCUGACGGCGUGUAUCUGGAUGACCUCACAGACAUGGACCCUGAAGUGGCAGCCCUGUAUUUCCCCAAGAAUGGUGAUCCUGCUGGGCUCCCCAAACAAGCCUGUGACAAUGGAGCCAGGUCAGCCAACCAGUCCCCACAGUCUGUGGCCAGUUCGGGCAUCGACAGUGGUGUGGAGAGCACCUCAGAUGGCCUGAGGGACCUGCCGUCCAUAGCCAUCUCCCUCUGUGGUGGCCUCAGUGACCACAGAGACAUCACCAAAGAUGCGUUCCUGGAACAGGCUGUGUCAUACCAGCAGUUUGCAGACAACCCUGCUAUCAUCGAUGACCCCAAUCUCGUGGUCAAGAUUGGUAAUAAGUAUUACAACUGGACAACAGCAGCUCCUCUGCUUCUGGCGAUGCAGGCUUUCCAGAAACCUUUGCCAAAGUCUUCGUGCCUCAGUUACCUUCACGUGAUUUUGGACGCCAUUAGGUUUUGCCUUUCUAAAAUUUUCAGUCCGCCCACAGCCACUGUGGAAUCCAUCAUGAGAGAUAAGAUGCCCAAAAAGGGAGGAAGAUGGUGGUUUUCCUGGAGGGGAAGAAACGCCACAAUCAAAGAAGAAAGCAAGCCCGAGCAGUGUCUGCCAGGGAAGGGCCACACUACGGGAGAGCAGCCUGCACAGCUUGGCCUAGCCCCCAGAAUAAAACACGAGUCAUCCUCCAGUGAUGAAGAACACUCUGCUGCCAAGCCAUCCAGCUCAAGCCACCUCUCUCUUUUGUCCAACGUCAGCUACAAAAAGACCCUGCGGCUCACGUCGGAGCAGUUGAAAAGCUUGAAGUUGAAGAAUGGCCCCAAUGAUGUGGUUUUCAGUGUCACCACGCAGUACCAGGGCACCUGCCGUUGUGAAGGCACCAUCUACCUGUGGAACUGGGAUGACAAAGUGAUCAUCUCAGAUAUCGACGGGACCAUCACAAGAUCGGAUACUCUUGGUCAUAUUUUGCCCACACUGGGAAAGGAUUGGACCCACCAGGGCAUAGCGAAGCUGUACCAUAAAGUCAGUCAGAACGGCUACAAGUUUCUCUACUGUUCGGCACGUGCCAUUGGAAUGGCAGACAUGACAAGGGGCUACCUCCACUGGGUAAACGAGAGGGGCACGGUGCUGCCGCAGGGGCCACUUCUGCUUAGCCCAAGCAGCCUCUUCUCUGCCUUACACAGAGAAGUGAUUGAAAAGAAGCCAGAAAAGUUCAAAGUCCAGUGUUUGACAGACAUCAAAAACCUGUUUUUCCCAAACACGGAACCCUUCUAUGCUGCUUUUGGAAACCGACCUGCUGAUGUAUAUUCCUACAAGCAAGUGGGUGUGUCCCUCAACAGGAUCUUCACUGUCAACCCCAAGGGAGAGCUGGUACAGGAGCAUGCCAAGACCAACAUCAGCUCGUAUGUAAGGCUCUGUGAAGUGGUUGACCACGUCUUCCCAUUGCUGAAGAGAAGCCAUUCCUCCGACUUCCCCUGUUCAGAUACUUUCAGUAACUUCACCUUUUGGAGAGAGCCGCCACCACCCUUUGAAAACCAGGACGUACAUUCAGCUUCAGCUUGAUGCCACCAAGCAUUAAAGGAUAGGUUCUGGGGACCCUGGAGCUGCUGGGAAGGCUGACAUGUGGCCAUCUGCCUAAGAGAGAAGUGUUUCUUCCUUGAUCUGCCUGCCCUGGGGUGACACUGCUAAGCGUGGAGGGUGGAUGGAGGCCGCAUCUCAUCCCGUGGACUGCGUGAGGAUUAGGAGCACUAGUAGCGUGCAAAGUGGUCCUCUGUCUGGGGUAACAUGCACAGAGCUGCACACUCCAGCCCGUUCCAGCAGUUAGUCAAUGUGCAGUAUGGGUGGUGACCCCUCAGGAGAAGUGGGCUGGCUACCGGAGAGCUGUCUCAGUGUUGGCAUGCUCCCCCUUCUCCCCCCGGGAACUCUGAUGUGCACAGCUUAGGGUAGCACAAGGGGCACGUUUCCAUGACAGUGACAUCUGUGCCACCUUCCACACAAAGAGAUGGGGUUUUUUCAGAGUCUGAGUGCUCUGAAGGGAAGCUUCUGGGGCCUUGAUAGGUCCUAGCCCUCAGGCUUUGACUUUAUGGCCGCUCCCUUGCAGUAUUGCUGACUUAGUUUCACUGUAGGAGAUAAGCUCUUGACUUGCCCUGGUUAAAGACGGCCUGUGCCGUUGGUGCAUCUCUCCCCACUCCUCAUAGCUCAAGGCUGGGCUAUUGUUUAUGCCUUAACACAUCUGCAGCAGGCAUUUGCUUCAAGCGCACUGUCUAGUUCUUCGUAACUGCGAUGCCUUACAUUAAAUGAUAGCCCCUAAGGCAGCGUCUGCUGUGUCUCAUCUGCAUCCCACCGCCAGCCAGGAAGCGCCACUAAUGAGGACUGGAGCAGCACCUAUGCCAAAGGAGAACAAUGCAGCUAAAGAAACUGGUUAUUUUUAAGAAACAUAGUUUCCAGAAGUUAAAUUAUUCUUUGCAGAUAUUAUUUAUUACUUUCCUCUCAUUGGGCUGCUGUUGUGAGCAUCCUAGCAGACUCUCAGGAUUGCAACUGGCAUGAGUACAUUAAAAGUUAAGUGUGCUAGACAAUCCAAAGAGCCUUACUCUGUGUAUGUCACACUCAUCUUCUAGGAUUUCUGAAUCAUUAAUUUUCUUUAGCUUUUUCCAUUCAGUCUAAGGGCAAGGGAAAAAAAGCAGGAGUUCUUUAAGCUGAUAGAGGGUAGUUGUUGAACUGUCUCAGAACAAUGUGAAAAAUGAAAAGUAUUUUGGUAAAAGAUUUUGCUUUACUUUUGGAAGUUUUAUUUUUUUAAAGGGUGUUUUACUCCUGAGAGAUCUUCCUAUUUAAAUUUUAUUGUUUGAGUCAGAGGAGACAAAAGAAAAAAACAAAACAAAACAAAAAAACCCAAAAACCAACCAAACAAACAAAAAAAAAAAACAAAAAGAAACGGAAAGAGAGUGAAAAAAGACUGGACUGUUACUCUUUCUGUGAAAGAGAACCUAGAGUCACUGUUGUUGUCGUUUUGUGUCUGUUAAAGUCCGGAGUGGUUCAUGUAGUUCACAGGAAUGGACAAGGAGAGGCAAACCGUACUGCUGUGGACCACAGACGGAUGGAGGAGCAGGCUCACGCAUAUAGUUCCCUUCUGGGAAUGAUGAACGUAAUUAAGCAUAGGCCUGCCACAGUGAGCUCGUGGCCUGUCCUCUUGUGACCUUGGGAGGCCACGUUAGUCCGGCCACAGCAGUGUUAGUGUGUAUUCUGGUUGCUGUGGAUGGCAGACAAGCUCGUCUGCCUGAAGAGGUUCACGGGUCUCUCCUCAUGCCCAGGAGAAGCCUUAGGAUCUCCCUUCGUCUGCACCCUGCAGUCCUCUGUUCCAAGUGACAUGCGGAGAGCAUGCAGUGGCCUGUGCCGGGAUCUGUUCAUGUAACCAGGCUGGUCUGCAACACACAGCCACCACACCUGGCUAGGGAAACUGGUUUUGAAAUCUCUUAAAUUCCCCAUCACUCUGCCCUGAAACAGAGCACACCUUCCACACAACCACACUCUGAGAUCUCAGAUAUUCUUCCCAAGCCCUGUUCAGGUCGUGGUGCGAACGAACGCUGGCAUUGAGGCUCUGGCGUGAGAGCUGAAUGUGAGCUAUACCCAGGCUCACUCAGGUUAUCUGCAUGUGCACUAUAACCCAGGGCCUCAAGGACACACGCCAGAGCACUCUGUUGGUUCCACACAUUUCAAAGUUGCUCAUGGAAAUGAGUGACUCACUCCACAGUGACACAUCCUCAAAUGUUGGUCACACACCAUGAAGGAGAAUACCAUUGGCACUUUGCAGAGAUGUACUUCAAUUUUUGUAGAGAAUUCCCCUUGGGAUUUCAGGCUUGGAUCAUUACUUCCGUAUAUUUGAUUGACAACAUUGGCUGUGCGUUUGUGAGUGCCGGUGCAAUGGUGAAAAUCAGUGUAAUAUUUCAUUGUGUUGUGCUUGGUGCAGAACUGGAAGUUUCUGUAAUAAACGAGUUGGAUGAAAGACUUCCAAAUAUCAAGCCAUA